AAAUUUGAAAUUAUUUGGUGCAACACAUCCUAACUCCCUCUUCUUUGGCAUUGCUCCUAACUUCCUCAGUUGGGGCUUGAUACUCCCAACUCUCGAAUCUUCUUCCUAAUCGAAUGGCGGGGGCUGCGACAGUAUCGCCCUACAUCAGCCUCACAUGUACCAAUCUUCGCAACACCAUCUCACCCUCUCGGCCUCUCUCGUUCCCUCCUCAAUCACUAGUUCUUCGUCACCACUUCUUCAGAACCAGGUUCAAUGGAAACUCGAGGCUUAUCAGCACUCAUCGCUCAAAGGGUUCGAUUGGUGAAGAAGAAUUGGAGGAAAUUGAUGAAGCUUUCUCGUAUAAUAAUGACAAUGUGAUCGGCGAAGAAGAAGAAGAGAGCGAUGAAGAUGAUGAUACGGAGAGCAGUCUCGAUUUGCUAUUCAGGUUUCUCCAAAGCAUGUUUAAGAAGCUCUCCAAGCGUGUUCGAAAGGCCUCUCGUUCUGUCUUGCCUGCUGUCAUUCCUCCUCAGCUGGUAUACUUUCUACUCUCUCUCUCUCUCUCUCUCUCUCUUUCUGAGCGUAUUGUCUCUAGCUUCUUGAAUAUUGAAUGUGGUGAUAAAAAUAAUUUUUUGUGACUAUUUUUUACGUAU